AUGUUCAACACCUUCAAGUACGACCCAGAGACCAACAGUGUCCAGGAGCUCAGACGAGCCUCUGACCCCAUCUCUGCCCGGUCAAGCCAGCACCAAGCUUGCAACAACUGCCACGCUAAAAAGCUCAAGUGUAGUGGCGAGAAGAGCGGUUGUGAACGCUGCAUUGCCAGCCGUCUCCGCUGCGAAUAUACCCGCUCUCCCUCUCGCAGAGGAGGCAGAAGAUCCAGCGGCAGAAAUUCCACUGAUAGCCGCGGCGGCCUUGAGCCAGCCAGCGGCGAGACCAGCCCUGGCAGCCGAUCCGGCAAGUCCUCAGCGCACAGAAGUAGCAAACAUUCUCAGCACGGGGGGCCCAGCAGCAGCAGGUACAAGUCUCGAUCAGGAGACGAUGGCUACGGCGAUGCUCUGGACCGAUUGGAUCCCUCAACGCUUAGUCCUGAUGACGGAUUCGACUUGCGUUCCUUGUCACUUGAGGGCGGCGGCGGCGCCACCGGCUCCGAUGUUUACGGAGGCGGCUCUUACUACGGCCAGCAGCAACACGGCGCCGGAGGCAGCUGGCAGGACCCCUCCCACAGCCAAUAUGGCGGCUCCUCUUACAUGGGCGCGUCCAGCUCCAAUGCGCAAGACUACGUGGACGAGUACUACGGAAACUAUGACGAAUACUCGCAGUACCAGGAGCAACAAAACGAUCCCCGAUAUUGGGGACAUCAGCAGUGA